UUUAAGCCCUUUACAACUCUCAACUGGAAAAGAAAAGAUUCUUAUUACACCUUUAAUUUUCCCUCAUUCUUAGUUUGAUGUAAAUUGUUUCUCUUGAGGAAUUGAAAGGAAGGAUUUUUUUAUUUUUAAAACUACUUUGGCUUGAUAAGUGAGAAUGGAAAGAGGAAAAGAAAAUGAAGGACAAACAGAAGGGGAAGAUAACAAAUCAUUGGUGUCAUCCGUUGUACUUCGCGAGGAUAUUGUCAAUCUUAUAGAUUUCAUAGAGAGGUUAAGUAAUGGGUAUGUUUUAACUUCGCUUGACAUAGAUCAAAUUGAAGAUUUGACAUUGGAGCUGACGUUUCUGUCCGCAUUUUGUCAUCUUUAUUACUCUUUCUUUUCGGAAGGUUGUAACGACGAAAUAUCUUGCAUAUCAAAUGAGAUUCAUGAUCUGGUUCAGUCACUUUUGCAUCGACAUGGAGAAGACAUGGUCGUUAAUAUGAAUUAUCAUGACCUCUUUGAGAAUAUCAAAAGUUAUAUUAUCUAUGCUGAACCAAGUCGUGUAACCACGACCGAGGAUCGUUUGGUUGAACUUUUGGAUGCCAUCUUCAUGUAUCUUCAAUAUCUACCCAAGUUGUGUUCUGAGUUUAUUUUUACAUCAAUGACUCAAUAUGAGCUUCUUCAGAAUGUGUUUGGCAAUUUACGAGAUUUCCAUAGGUUGAAAGUAAAUGGUUGCGUUGAGUAUGAGACAAUCGAAUAUGUCAUACCCCAUCUUCAACUUAUGGCUCAGAGAGUUGUAAGUUUCUGAAUUACUCUUUUGUAUUGUCAACUUGACGGAUUAGAUGAAUCAGAUAUCUGUCGAGUUAACCCCAAGCUAGCUAAUCUACUUGUGGAGGUUAUUCCUGUUGAACUGGAGGUUAUGCACAUAUGUUGUACAAAUUUGAAAGGUUCAAAGUCGGAAGAAGUUGGACGUUUCAUCAAUCAGCUCGUAGAAGCCUCUCCGGACAUUCUUAGAGAAUCUCUGAUUCAUCUACAAGAGCACAUGGUUAGUUCUGUUACUCCUAGUGCUUCUACGUGUAACAUUCAUGUCAUGAUAGAGUUCCUAUUGAUUAUUGUUACUGAUAUGCCAACAGACGUUAUUUGUCAUGACAAAUUGUCUGUUCUCUUAGUACGUGUUAGAGAACUUACCAAGGAGGUAUUCAUUCUUGUUCGCAACUUAGAAGAGAAUAUGAAUGCAACAAGCGGUACAGGUCUAAACUUGCUGGAAAAUAUUGAACUCCUUAAGGAAGAUCUCAAGAAUGUUUUCUUGAAAGCCUGUGCAGACUCAUCUCAGCUCCGGUUCCCCAUGAGUGAUGGACCGCUCUUCAUGACUCUUCUACUCACAAACUUAAAUGACUUGGUCAAUUCAAAUGCUUGUUCAGUUGCUUUGAUAAAAGAAGAAAUUAAGCAGGUGAAAGAAGACCUGGAAACUAUAAGAUCGUUCUUCGGGUAUGCUGAGCAAGAGUUGCAUAGAGAUCUUUGGACUCGUGUUCUAGAUGUGGCAUAUGAGGCGGAACAUGUCAUUAACUCAAUUCUUGCCCGAUAUCAUGGUCUAUUGCAGCUUAUCUUCAUACUUCCUGAUACCGUAGAAAAGAUCAAGCUUGUCAAAAAAGAGGUACAAGAGAAGAUUCCCAAGAGAAGCAGUAUUAUUACUGCAAACACUCCCAACAAGCCGGUUGAAAGAAACUCAUUGAGUACAGUUGGUAAAAUAAUUGUAGGUUUUGAGGAGGAGACAGAGUGGAUAAUUAGGAAGCUCACCAGCGGACCAGCUGAGAUAGAUGUCAUUUCCAUAGUCGGCAUGCCAGGGCUUGGAAAAACUACUUUGGCAUACAGAGUGUAUAAUGAUAAGUCCAUUGUUGAUCAUUUCGAUGUUUGUGCUUGGUGCACAGUCGACCAGGAACAUAAUGAGAAAAAGUUGUUGCAGAAAAUUUUCAAUCAAGUUAUUGGUUUGAAAGAAAGAUUCAAUGAGAAGGACAUAGAUGAUGAAGUUGCUGAUAAGCUGCGGAAACAACUAUUUGGAAAACGGUACCUUAUUGUCUUGGAUGACAUAUGGGAUACUGCAAUAUUCGAUGAGCUAACCAGACCUUUUCCUGAAUUACAGAAAGGAAGCAGAGUUAUUUUAACAAGUCGGAAAAAGGAAGUUGCUUUGCAUGGAAAAUGUCACAGUAAUCCUCUUUAUCUUCGAUUGCUAAGAUCAGAUGAAAGUUGGGAGUUAUUAGAGAAAAGUGUAUUCGGAGAAGAACGUUGCCCUGAUGAACUAAAGUAUGUCGGAGAAAAGAUAGCUCAAAAGUGUGAUGGGCUUCCUUUAGUACUUGAUCUAAUUGGUGGAGUCAUUUCAAGGAAGGAAAAGAAAGAGACUUUGUGGCUUGAAGUUCUCAAUAAUCUGAGUUCCUUUAUUUUUAAGGAUGAAGAGGAGGUUGUGAAGAUUAUACAAUUAAGUUAUGACCAUUUGUCAGAUCACGUAAAGCCGUGUUUGGUUUACCUUGCAAGUUAUCCAAAGGAUGAAGAUAUAAGGAUCUCUGAGUUGAAAGAUCUGUGGAUUUUUCAAGGACUCGUGCAGCAGAUUGUGAUGAAAAGUGCAGAAGAAGUAGUGGAUGUGUUAAUUUCCAGUAGCUUGGUAAUACCUUUCGAUAAUUCUAUUUGCAAAAUUCAUGAUCUUGUGCAUGACUUUUGUUAUAUAAAAUCUAGAAAGGAAAAGUUGCUUCACUUCAUAGGAGGUUCAAAAGCUCCGUCUUCCUCUUCUUCGGAUCUUAUGCCACGUGGAAUGAUCAUUCGUUUUGAUAAAUAUCUAUUUCAAUUCAAUGAAAUUUUUGUCGUGUUUGAUCCAGAAAUGAAGAAUCCUUAUGUUAAACACCUCCUCUCUCUGAAGGUUGAUGAGCAUUGUCUUCCCUACAACAGUCACCUAAAACACUUGAGGCUUCUUCAAAGUUUGGAUUUACACGACAUAACAUUGACUGAUUCUUUGCUGAAUGAAAUUGGUAUGCUCGUUCAUUUGAAGUACUUAUUCAUUCAGACGAAGUCAAAAGCUCUCCCUCCGUCAUUUUCAAACCUCUGCAAUCUAGAAACUCUGUUGGUGGAUAACUCAGAGGGAUCAUACAUCCUAUCGCCUUGUUUUUGGAGUCUUGCAAAGCUACGAGAUGUGCGCAUUAACGUUUGUUCUUUCUAUGACCCGUACAUCAACGAACCAACUGUGUUAGCCAAGGACUCAAGGUUAGAAAAUUUGAGAACAUUACAUGAGCUCUACCUUCACGGUUCAGAAGACACGGAGAAUAUUUUCAAAAGGUUUCCUAAUCUCAAAAACCUUAGAGUCUGUAUAGAACAACUAUCAGAUUGUUCAGCAGAGAAGAUUUGUUUUCCAAGAUUGGAUGUCCUAAACGAACUUGAAGAACUCCGUUUAUCUUCUUCUUGGGACACAUUCAAUGAAUAUACACAAGGCUUCCCUUCGAGCUUGAAGAAAAUGAGGUUGCAAGGGCUCGCUCUGACAUUCGAUUCAAUGUCAAGAAUCGCUAGACUACCCAACCUUCAAAAACUAAGUCUAGAAGACGCAAUCAUCGAGGAGGGGAAAGAAUGGAACAUGGAAGAUAUCACCUUCCAAAAUCUCAAAUUUCUAAAAUUGGGUAGGGUGGAAUUUUCUGAAUGGCAGGUUGAUGCAGAGAAAUCCUUCCCCGUGCUCGAGAAACCUGAUAUAAAUAGCUGUGAUAAGCUUAUGGAGAUCCCAGACAGUUUUGGAGAUAUUGCGUCAUUAAAGUUGAUCAAUGUAUGGUACAGCCCUCAGCUUAAAGAGUCGAUCUUCAAUAUUAAGGAAUAUGUUGAAGAAAUGACCGGAGAAGAGGUACAUUUCCAUGGUAGUUGAUCUAAAGAAUGCGAGUAUAAAUAUGAAUUCACUAACUUUCAUCUUUUUUACACUAAAUUUCCUUUCAGAAAUGUUAUGUUUUUUCCAAUAUUGCUUAUAACUUAU